AUGGAUUCUAAAAGUGCAGAUAAACCUCAUGCCCUGUGCAUUCCAUAUCCAGCACAAGGCCACAUUAACCCCAUGAUGCACCUUGCUAAGCUUCUCCAUGCUAGAGGCUUUUACAUAACUUUUGUCAACACUGAAUUUAACCAUGAGCGUGUUACUAGUUCAGGAGGAGCCAUCGAAUUGAAGCAUUUAGAGGAUUUUAACUUGGAAUCGAUCCCUGAUGGCUUGCCACCCGACGAUUGCCGGACCCAAGAAAGCCUUUUCGAUGCAACAACGAAGUAUUUCUUGAGUCCUUUCAAGGAUCUGGUUUCAAAACUCAAUGGUUCCAUGGAAGUCCCUCGGCUUACAUGCAUAAUUUCGGAUGGCCUUCUGAACUUUACACAGCAGGUUGUAGAAGAGAAUGGGAUCCCAAGGAUUUCUCUCUGGACGACGAGUGCUUGUGGUUACUGGGGAUUCUUGAAGUACCCGGAGAUCAUCGAAAGAGGAAUCCUGCCUUUCAAAGUUUCAAUGAGUCUUUGGAAAGAAGAGGAUGCUUGUCUAGAAUGGCUCAAUGACAAGGAACCGAAGUCAGUUCUUUAUGUGAGUUUUGGCAGUGUAAUAGUUUUAACACCCUAUCAACUCAAUGAGUUCGCCUGGGGUCUUGCUAGUAGCCAAAGGCCUUUCAUAUGGGUCCUUCGCGAAGAUCUUGUAGUUGGUAAAUCAGCCAUGUUAGAAAAAGAAUUUGUUGAAGCAACCAAAGAAAGAGGGCUAAUAAUGAGUUGGUGUAACCAGAUGAAAGUAUUGUCACACCUUGCAAUUAGUGGCUUUCUAACUCAUAAUGGGUGGAAUUCUACACUGGAGAGCAUUUGCAAUGGCGUGCCCAUGAUAUGUUGGCCCUUCUUUGCCGAUCAACAAACAAAUUGCAGGUACGUUUGCAAGGAAUGGGGCAUUGGGAUGGAGAUAAACAAUGACGUUAAGAGGGAAGAUGUGGAGGCAUUAGUGAGAGAGUUUAUGGAAGGAGAAAAUGGUAAAGAGAUGCAGUUAAGGGCCAAGAAAUGGAAGGAGAGCUCAAAAAGUGCUCUUCAAAUUGGAGGUAGCUCUUAUGAUAACUUUGAGAGGCUAUUAAAGGAAGUGCUUCUAGAGAAACAUUAA